GGAAUCCCACAAUAGCAGGCAGAGGAGCGUUUUUUUUUUCUUCUUUUUCUUUUUUUUUCGAGGCAGAGCGCUGGGCUGGUGGCUGUUUCAAUCAAAGGGGGAAAAGGCAGAGAGGGAAGGGAGGCUCUGCGGAGAGAUGUAAGAUGGCAGAGCUACAAAUGUUGUUAGAGGAAGAGAUUCCGGCCGGUAAAAGAGCGCUGGUGGAGAGUUACCAAAACCUGACGAGAGUCGCCGACUACUGCGAGAACAAUUAUGUCCAGGCCCAGGACAAGAGGAAAGCUCUGGAGGAGACCAAAGCCUACACCACCCAGUCCCUGGCCAGCGUGGCCUACCAGAUCAAUGCCUUAGCCAACAAUGUGCUGCAGCUGCUGGACAUCCAGGCCUCGCAGCUGCGGCGCAUGGAGUCCUCCAUCAACCACAUCUCUCAGACGGUGGACAUCCAUAAGGAGAAGGUGGCCAGGCGGGAGAUCGGGAUCCUGACCACCAACAAGAACACGUCGAGGACUCAUAAGAUCAUAGCGCCGGCCAACAUGGAGCGGCCGGUCAGGUACAUCAGGAAGCCCAUUGACUACACUGUACUGGAUGAUGUCGGUCACGGUGUUAAGUGGCUAAAAGCCAAGCAACAUGGAAACAAUCAGGCAAUCAGAGGAGGAACACUAUCGAGGACCAAUCCUCCGACACAGAAGCCGCCCAGCCCUCCGAUGUCAGGGCGUGGCACGCUGGGCCGCAACACGUCCUACAAGACCCUGGAGCCGGUGAAGCCGCCCACAGUUCCCAACGACUACAUGACCAGCCCCGCCCGACUAGGCAACCAGCACGGCCAGCAGCACAGCCCUGGACGCACUGCAUCGCUCAACCAGAGGCAACGCACACACAGUGGAAGCAGCGGGGGUAGCAGCAGCAGGGAGAACAGCGGCAGCAGUGGAAUUGGCAUUCCCAUCGCCGUGCCUACACCCUCCAUCCCCAACUCUGGACCAGUCCCACCCAUGUUGGCUCCUCCGGGUGCCCCUCCGCCUCCCCCACCCCCACCACCUCCUCCACCUGCUCCUCCUAUGGCCGGGUUAGCCCCUCCAGCACCACCACCAGCACCACCAGCACCACCCAUAGCGGUGGCCCCUGGGCCUGGUCUGGGCCCCGCUCCAAUGUCCCAGUUUGGAACCAUCUCGCGGCAGAUUUCGCGGCACAACCCCUCCAACUCCUCUGUCUCUAUGGUUUCGGCCACGGGCACCUACCGCCGGGCGCCGUCGGUCACUUCGCAGUUCUCCUUGCAGCAGCAGCAACAACUACAGCAACAGCAGCAGCAACUACAGCAACAGCAACAACAGCAGCAGCCUCAUAUUAAUGGAGGCACCCCUGGCUAUGGCCAGAACUCAAUGUCUAUCGCUCCUCCUCCUCCCCCCAUGCCCCAGCUGACUCCACAGAUACCUCUGACUGGCUUUGUGGCCAGGAUGCAGGAGAGCAUUGCAGAUACUCCAACUCCACCUCCGCCGCCUCCUCCGGACGACAUGCCCAUGUUCGACGAGUCCCCGCCGCCUCCGCCGCCUCCUCCGGUGGACUACGAGGAGGAGGACGCCGCUGUCGUGCACUACAACGACCCCUACGCCGACGGAGACCCACAGUGGGCCCCCAAGAACUACGUCGAGAAAGUGGUGGCCAUCUACGACUACACCAAGGACAAGGACGACGAGUUGAGUUUCAUGGAGGGGGCGAUCAUUUACGUGGUCAAGAAGAACGACGACGGCUGGUUCGAGGGCGUGUGCAACGGCGUCACCGGCCUGUUCCCCGGCAACUACGUGGAGUCCAUCAUGCACUACGCUGACUGAAGGGACCUCACAGUAAAUGUACUGUCUAUUUAUUCAGUCAUAUCAUAAUCCACUGACAGACAGACAGCAGCAAUCUGACUCCUGCAUAGACAUAACUGUAUGAUCCCCCAUUUUUUGAUAUGACAGAAUGUUCUUUCCCUUAAUGAUUGCAAAUAAAAUGAAAAGUAAUAUCUAUUUAGUUUAUUUUGGUGUUAUAGGGAUGGGGUGGGAGACAUUUAUGGAAUAUGUGCAAAAUAAAAAAGUUUCUAAAGAAUUGGGACUGCUCACGCAGGUAGAACACAGCUGAAGGACGCACGCUGACAUCUUGUCUGAACAAAACUUAAGAUCGAGAGCUGAACAAGUUAUAUUAGGUUUCGACGGAACAAAUAAAAUGUCAUGUAUGCGCCUUCAGUUGAAGUGUUCGUACUGUCGGUUGUAUAUAACAUGAGCGGCAGCCACUCGGGUUUCUGUAAUGUAAAUUCAGUGAAUGUCAAUUCUAUAAUAGUUUUCAUUUGUGGUGCCCUCCUGGACUCGGAAAUAAACGCAGAUGGCCUGUUGAUACUUUAUAAAUUUAAAUACUGUAAAUGGUAUUUCGAGUAAACAGAUACUUCAGAAAAAUCAGUCUUGGCGUUGAAAGCAUGCAAAUUUUUUGAGAUAUAAUGUAAUCUUAAGUUUAUUGCCAUUAUGCUUCCAUUAUGUUGUAAAUGUAUACACCUUUUUUUUAUUAUUACACUGUUGAGAUCACUGAACAGGCUUUCUAAUUGCCUCACCUUUAAAAAUGCCAAUUUGCAGUUAAAAUCAGAAAAAUAAGGUUUGCUUUUUUCAUGCAUUUAAAUCUGUUUGAGGUAUAAGAACACAUUCCAUUUUCUUAUCUUCGCAUUUUAAGAUUAUGUCACAUCACUGUUGAUUCCUUUUUUUUUUUGUUACUAAUCCACACAAAUCUGUAGGAUCCAUUGGCAAUAAUGGACAAUAGCUCUGGUAGGUGUGCAGCGAUGAUUAGACUGGAAUUGUCCUGCCUGACACUGCCAUGUGACAAUUCAGCUGUAAUAAUGUAGACCAAUAAACAACUCUAAUACCUCCUCAGUCUUCUCAAAGCAACAACGACCUGCUCUGGGUUCAAGGACCAUGUUGAAUGCUAGGAAACAUGUAAUCCUCUGGGCUGCUCGGGUGUACAUAAUAACUCAAGUAGAAUCAGCCAGUCAAUAUUAGGUGUCACUCAGGUCAAGAAUCAUUUUUUAUAACAUUGUAUUCUUUUGUGUGUGUUGGCACUCAAAUGUACAUCUAACAUGAUUAAUUCUGACCUAAAAAUGCAGAGUUUAAACAUCCUCUGUAGUGGCCACCUUUACCAUCGCAGCUAAUGCCUUCAGAUUUAGCCCAGUUUCUUUUAUUCCUCCCUACCCCCCCUGAAAAAUGUGUUCUGGCUCAAUUUAACGGGUAGAAAUAUUGAAACCGAUUUCUCUCUGCCCUCCAUUUGUACAUAUAUGUUGAUUGAAAAAUUAAUGUACAGUCUUUUAUAAUAAACAAUUCUAUGUACAAUA